GGUCGAGUCGCUUGACAUAUUGUAUGUGUAUUCGCGAGUGUGUCGGAUGGACGGAGGGAGAAGUUCCCAGCGUCGCUGGAUGUAGAUUUUGAUGCAGUGGACUCGUCAAUGCGUCAAUGCGUCAAUGAAUGAGUCAGAAAGCUGCCGAGUUACACUGUUCAGUGCAAGGCACGACAUUGCGAUCGAAAAGAAAGAACGAGCGAUGGGCUUUUGACAACUGAAGCAAGAUCCAGGCGAGCCCCGUACUUCCAGGAUUUGAUCGUUUGCGCUCUCGUUUUGCGCCUGAAGUGCCACCAAACUGAUGUAUCGAUGAACGGGAUGGCUGGUGAUCUGAUCGAACGAGAAUUUCACUAAUUGAUUGAAAUUGCGUCGGUGGAGAUCAAAGGAAACGGAGAGCAGGGCAGAUAAUUUUGAUUUUCGGCGGAUACCCAGAUGGCGGGUUCUGCCAUUGAUGAGGUGACUACAAUCGGGGGCAUUGCCACUGUUUCGGUGCUACACUCUUUCAUUCCUACUCACUGGUUGCCCUUCUCCAUCGUCGGACGUGCACAGAAGUGGUCUAUAACCCGGACACUUAUUGUCACUGCCAUUGGAGCAGUAUGUCAUGUGCUGUCGACCUCACUGCUAGGCCUUGUGGCAAUAAAGAUGGCAAACACAAUUGCUGGUGAAGAAACAGUACACAAACUGGCCUCUCUUCUGCUCAUUGUUCUUGGUGGGACAUAUAUAAUUCUCUUUUUCAGUGGUAAAGGAGGGCAUGGUCAUGGCCAUAAUCACAACAUGGAGAAGAUGGCUGUUGCCGGACUAGUCCUAGUGCCGGCUCUAUCCCCUUGUGCCACUACAUUGCCUGUGUUCCUUGCAGUGGGAGACUCCUCCACAAGUGCUUUGUUGCUUGCCAUUGGAGUACUACUAAUAAGCACAAUGACAGUUAUGUGCUCUUUAGUUGCUCUGUCAUUUUAUGGUGCUAGCCAGCUCAAGUUUCACUGGAUUGAGCGCUAUGACAAGAUGUUAGUUGGAGUAGUUCUGUGUCUCGUAGGACUUCUAACCCUCUUGUUUCACCAUCAUGAUCACGACCAUGAGCUUGAGCAUGGCGGCUUACACACUAUGCAUGGCAUAAGUGAUAUCAACACGACUGGAAGAAAGCUGUUCCUGUGAUCAUAGGAGAUGAAAGUACUGGAUACUCAUGUCCUUACAAACAUCCCUCAUUCUUGGGCACAAAUGUGGCCGAUCUGUGUGUUCUUUAGACGAACUUGCUAUCCUUACAAUUCUCAUUCAGCAAUGAUUGAUCAGAAAUAUCUGCGAAUCUGCUACGAAACUUCGUCACAAGUGAAGGAAGCAAUCAAGUAGAGUUUCCGAGCCAACUUCAAACUUUCUACAUUUUCAUUCAAGUUCGUUCAAUGAUUUUAUACUACAGAGAAAACCUUUUAGCACCAAUAUCCUCAAUCGCCAUCAAGAGUUUUAUUAUUGAGAACCAGGGCCAAACAAGCAAUCGAGCUUUCUCUUCGCAUGGCGAGAGGAAUUGGAGUGGUUGAAGUUUUUACUGAGUCAGAGAUGUUAACUGAAGACAUCCUGGAGGUGGAGAUACGAUGCCGGUCAUGAUCUACUUCACCUCAGGAAUCUUCUUUGCCUCCCCUGUCUCCGCAAGUGAGGCUGGUCACUGCAAAGGGUUUUCCACCUCCCAGACGUUUUUGCAAAUGAACUAUUGGUAACACGCGGCUACUGGUCACGAAUCUGACGGGGAAGGACCCAUGAAGGGAUACGUGCUGACAUCUGUACAGCUUAGAACGAGAAUGAGCGCAAAGCAUGGAUCAUUAUUGUGACCAUUCAAGGAACCAGAUGCAUGCACUGAAGGUCUCCGAAGGUGGCCUUAGGGCAUUUUACAUCUCGCCUGGUUGUGUUCUGUCUUGACUCACAAGCAUUAUGAACCCGUUGAGAGGAGUAUAUAAAUCGAAGCUGGAGUUCCAAUCAGAUCUGAUUAUGGCGUUUUUCACCUUGUUCGGUCGUGGUGGGGUUUUUCACAUCCCUAUUGAGUUUCCACUUCUAAGCUCUUCAUGCAAUAUCUGUGGGACUGGUCCUGACCUCAAGACACAGGUCCACUUGAGCAUGUUGUUGAAAGAGUAGAAAUUUCCUGUAUGCAGUAUGUCAUGACACUAAAAGUAACGGGAAAUGAGAACAAACUCUCACUCAACAGAAAAUAGUGCUUCCAUGCACGAAAGUAUCGGAGUAAAACACAUUUUUCUUCUCCCCUGCGUCGAACUACAACGUCCUGACGUCUUUCGUACAAUAAUCAUUAUUGCCGGUAUGAAUGGAUCAUGAAAAAAAUAAAAAC